GUGUGCAACGGAGCGAUACAGGACAGAGUGACGUGGGACAGAAGGGCAUGGGGAAGAGUGUGAAAUGGGGUGACAGAGGAGGGACUGACAUGGGACAGGCUGACAUGGGACAGGAGGACAUGGAACAGAUCAAGAAGGAAGAGUUGGAGAUGGACAUUGCUGAGGUAGAGGCUCUUCCCAGCUCCCUGGACAGUCGCCCUGAGAUGACCAGCACGGGAGAGAUCAGGGAAGAAGAGACCAAGAUGGGCAUCUCCAAGGCUCCUCCCCAUGCUCAGAUGAAGAUUUCAGAUGGCACCACCUCAGAAAUGCAUCCAGGAGCCCCUGGCAGCGGUGCCCCAGUCCAGAGGGUGCAGUCAGUCCGAGGUGUCCCAGGAUCCCAGGACCUCUGGGUGCCAUCUGAGAGCGUGGCUGGGCCCAGCAGCAGGCUCCCAACAACCAAGGAACCUCGAGAAGGCGGCCUCAGGAUGGAGGCGUACCCAGCUGAACCUGGCAUGAUGUUCCUGAGGGUGCCCUCUGCCGAGUACGCACCUUGCGACCCGCUGGUGAAGAUGUCUGCACAACGCCCUGGGGUCGUCCCGUCCACGCCGCCGGCAGCCCCCGGGCUCUCCAUGCGCAUGCCCCGCCUGCGCAGGCCGGACCAGAGGGACGAGGCAGCCGACGGCUACACCCGCCGGUCCCCGAUGUACUCCGGCGGCAAACACACCAGCGUCAGCCCCGUGCAGCGCAUGGAGCCCCUGCUCCCGGACCCCAACCUGCCCGGCACGUACGAACUGAUGGGCAAGGACGGAGUCGUGUACCGGGGCCGGAUAGUCCCGGAAUGAGCGAGCAACGCCGGCCUGCAGAAAUAAAGGGUAACCAACCAACAGCC